GUUGAAGGAACCUCGGAGCACGACGAUAAAAUUUCCAGAUUGCGUAAUUUUCGCCUGUUUCGAGGUUUAAGGAAAAUGGAGGAUAAAGGUAGUGCGAAUACUGUGGAAAGUGCGGAGAGCAACAGCUCAGCAAAGAAAACUGCGAAAUCGAAGGCGGCGAAGGUGACAAAACCAAGGUCUUCGCAUCCACCAACUUCCGAAAUGGUGAACGCUGCCAUCAAGGAGCUGAAGGAUCGCAAAGGAUCGUCCCUUCAAGCAAUUAAGAAGUACAUUGCAUCGACGUAUAAGGUCGACGGAGAAAAAUUGGCACCUUUCAUCAAAAGGUACUUGAAGACUGCUGUUACUUCUGGUGCUGUCGUUCAAACGAAAGGUAAAGGUGCAUCUGGAUCAUUCAAACUCUCCACUGGGAAGAGCACUGAGACUAAGAAAAUUCAUCGGGCCGUGAAAGUAUCCAAACCGAAAACAGCAAAGAAAUCGGUAGAGAAGAAGACUACAUCGGCGCGAAAAUCUGCAUCGCCGAAAAAGCCGAGUACACCGAAGAAGGCUGAGGUUAAGAAACCGCCAGUGAAGAAAUCUGCAGCAAAACCAGCCGAGAAGGCUGAGAAGAUCGAAAAAGCUAAGCCUGUUGCUGAAUCUAAAGCUAUAUCGAAGACUAAACGAACAGCAAAAGCACCUGCGGCAAAAACUAAAACGCCGAAACCUAAGAAAACUGCAGCUUCAAAAUCUGUCAAGUCAGCAGCAAAAAAAUAAUUAUUGAACGAUAAAUAUCUGACUUUCAUAAUUAACAAAGGGCCCUUUUCAGGGCCACAAAUUCACUUCGAUGAGGGAACAAUACUCAAAUAAUUAGAAAAAUAUUUUUUACGAUCUUCUUACAUCAUAGUAAAGAAUCUAGUCACACAAAUAUCCUUAUCUCAUUUAUUCUGCAGCUAACAUUAUAUUGAAAAUAGGAGUAGUAGAUGUAACCUAACCUUUAACUAGCAGCUAAUAGACAGGAUUUUAAUGGAUCCAAGUCUUUCAAAUGACGUAGAUUAUUUAGGUGUAUCUAACAUUUAGGUGUAGCAAACCCUUAUUUAGGUGUAACUAACAAUUUUGUUCCUAUACAUAAGUAUUUAUGAACGUCAACAAAUCAUUUUACUAUUCCACGUAUAAGUAGUCUUUUGGAAGUAUAAAUUCGAAUACAAAUGAAUGUUAACUUUUCUGAGAACUAUAAUUUCAGUAACAGAUCUUCGGACUUUUUUUUGUUAAAGAACUAUGUUCUAUUGAUACAAUAUAAUUCAUAUUUAAAUCUCGUAAGUAAUUAAGGAAACAAGGUUAUGCACUAAACCAGUUUCCAUGCAAAAUAUUCCAGAUAUGAUAGAGUGACAUCAAAUUUCUUUUGUGUAUAUUAUUGAUAUGAUUUUGCUGAGAUUAAAUUGUUCGAAUGUAUGGUGGCAUCAAGGUUUUAUAUGGAUAUAUGUAUAAGAAUAAGAGUUGGUUAGUUUGUU